AUGGCCUCGAUGUCGCCCAUCAACACCGCUACCGGUGGCUCGGGGGCAUCCUCGAGCGGGGGCAGCGCCUCGCCCCAGCAGACUGCCACCCCCAAGAACGUCGCAUUCGAGCUCCUCUUUCUUGACUCCCCUCAAUAUCGUGCGCGCUUGCCCAUGCGAGUACAAAUAUACCCUCACGAUACGACGGACUCGAUUGUGACCACUGUCAAGAAUUUCUACGGUCUGUACUCGGGCCCGACCGGGUCAAAGGGAGUCAGCUUUGAGGAUGAGCACGGCAACACCCUCAUUGCCCGAUAUGAGAACUUCCGCAAUAACAUGGUCGUCUACGUCCGAGUUAUUGAAGAGCCGCCGGCGAACCCUGCUGCUUUUGUUCCUCAUCCUUUCCAUCCUGGCCCGGUCAGUGUGCCAGGAUUCUACGCUGGCGACGGUUAUCCCGGCCAUCAACCCCAGCGCUUUGCGCAAGACAUCUCCAGGCCCAGCUCCCGCUCAUCUCGGAGACGCAGCCCAUCCCCCAACACUGCCCGGGGCCGAAGAAGCGUGUCUGCCAGUACUUCUAGCAAGAAUGCCCGCUCUCGGUCUGCCAAAAACCGGGUCUCGGCGGCCCGAAGCCAUGCCGAUAACUACAGUGACAGCAUGAAUGGAUAUAGCAGUGGUGAUGGUGCAGGAAGUUCAACUUCCGGCAAGAACAAGGAGCAGCUUGGCAACACUGAUAUCAGCGUCGAGAAUAUUGUCGAGGGUGGCCGCCGAAAGAGAGCCAAAUUCGAAAGCUCGGAAUUGCCCCUGUUUGCGCCGCCUCAGAUGCCGGCAGCUACCUCGAAUCCGUCUGUCUCACCCGCUCGUCGAGUCGAACCUCACCGACCCGCGAUGCCAUUUGUGCAGCCGGGGCAAAAUCCCUUCACGAACCCCCGGCCUAUGCAAUCGCCGCAGGGAUAUAGCCAUGGACCAUCGCACACCAACAUGUAUGCCACGCCUGGUCCUGAUGGCCGCCGCAGCGCUCGCGGCAGCAUUGGAUAUGCCAGCAAUGGCAGUGGAAUUGGGAUUCUCCCUACCCCCGAUCCCACUGUCGGCAGCUGCAUGUCCGAGGAAGACAAGGACGUUGCCAUCCAGCUAAUGCGACUGGGCGAGAUGUCAAAUAUUUCCCAUGGCCGAACAUCUGCGUCAACCCUCGAUGACACUUUCAGUGGUCGAGCUGAUGCGCCUUCGUCAACUGGCGCUACCAGUGACGGAGAGAGCGAGAGUGAUUCUGAGCUCCCACCUGCUCGCCGCCAGAAGCUGGAUGUCGCCGGUUCCAUCGGCAAAGUCUACCAGACUACAGAGUCUCACUUCAUGCCACCUCCCGACAACACCGAAAUCAGCGGCGACGAUGCGGACUACGAGGAUGAUUCCAUUCUUUCCAAUGAACAGUCCAAGCCGGUUAAGAGCAAGCCAGUUACCAAGCACAAGAGUUCCGGCUCAAUCUCCAAGCCCCCUGCUCCCAAGGCAUCCAAGGGUCCCCGCUCAUUAACCACCACGGUCAAGACCAAGAAGCUGCCCCCUGUGCCAGCUGGCCCAAUGUCCCCGGCCUCAAUGCCUCCAUCCCGCAAACAAUCCGUUGCAUCCACGGGGCAAGCUCCACUGGUCCCUGGUGAGGAUGAUCAACCCGAUCUGUCAACCAAGCCGCGAUGCCAACGAUGCCGGAAGAGCAAGAAGGGGUGCGACCGCCAGCGACCUUGCGGACGCUGUCGCGACGCUGGCUUAUCAGCCGAUCAGUGCAUCAGCGAAGAUGAGGGCAAUGGCCGAAAGGGGCGAUAUGGCCGCCACAUGGGAGUCCCCAUCCUCAAGAAGGACGAGAUUGCCCCGAUUGCACAGCCCGCACUAUUACCGGCUGCGCCCAUCUCGGCCGGCGCCAUGACGAUUGACAAGUCCAAGAAGCGCAAGCGAUAA